AUGAGAGUAUCAAGUGGCAUUUAUGUCAUUACAAUUCUCUUAUCAAUAAACACUGCUCAAUCAUAUUCUCUCGAAGAUUCCGACAGUACAUAUGAUCAGCGUGAUGCGUCAAUUUUGUAUUUACGACAAGUUCUAAAACGUAUUAAAUCAAAUCGUCAUGACAAUUUACAAUGGAGAAAAAGAACGGAUGCUACAUCAAACAAAUGCAAAGAAAUAAAUUCAAACACGUAUUAUGGUGGUGAUAUUGGACCAGCCAUAAAUAAUAUGACUACAUAUCGAGAUUGUAUGAAUCUGUGUGAAACGGAUAGUAAGUGCUAUGGAUGGCAUUAUCUAAGUUACACCAAGGAAUGUUGGCUUCAUACAUCAAUAGGUCCAUCAUAUUAUUCUGUAUACUAUACGGGCGGAACUUGUUUUGGACCAGCUGCGAAAGAAACGCACUGCACUGAAGUAAUAAACGGCGGCGCUUACAACGGAAAUGCUGGCGCAGUAAUAAGUCAAGUGGCUACAUAUCAAGAUUGCAUGAGUAGAUGUGAUGCAUCAGCAACAUGCAUGGCAUGGAGUUAUGCAGCGUCUUAUAGUAUGUGUGUGCUACAAAUUACAGCAUAUGGACGGGUAAUUGAUAACCUGGCUAUAGGUGGAUCUUGUAUUAAAAAACAAGCACCAUAUCCACCAUUAACUACCACAACGGGUCCACCAGUAACUACCACAACGCGUCCACCAGUAACUACCAGAACACGUCCACCAUUAACUACCACAACGCGUCCACCAGUAAUUCCAAUAAUAGGAACGAACGCUACACUAAACAAGUGCAAAGACAUAAAAUCAGGCUCUUAUUAUGAUGGUGAUAUUGCACCAUCCAUAGAUAAUAUUGCUACAUAUCGAGAUUGUAUGAAUUUGUGUGAAGCGGAUGGUAAAUGCUAUGGAUGGUCAUACCAAAAUUCCAGUCAGAGUUGUUGGCUUCAAACAUCAGUGGAUAGGUUACAUCCUGAUAACACAAAGAUGGGUGGAUAUUGUCUUGGACCAGCUGCGAAAGAAACGCACUGCAAUGAAGUAAUAAACGGCUCCUUUUACUAUACUAAUUAUCCCGGUCCACCAAUUAACAAUGUUGCUACAUACCAAGAUUGCAUGAGUAGAUGUGAUGCAUCAGCAACAUGCAUGGCAUGGUAUUAUGUAGCGUCUACUAAAUUCUGUCAACUGCUAACUAUAGUAGAUUUCCAGAUACUUGACGUGGGCUCUAUAACUGGAUCUUGUAUUAAAAAACAAGCACCAUAUCCACCAAUAAGUAUCGAAACAUUUAGACAACAAGCAUUAGAUCAACAUAAUUUUCAUCGUGCAGAACAUUGUACACCUCCCCUUAUAUUAGAUCCAGCAUUGAAUGAUAUAGCACAACGUUAUGCAGAGCAUUUAGCUGUUACUAAUGUAAUGACACAUAGUGGAGCUUCAUUCAACGGUCAGUAUAUGGGAGAAUGUUUAUACAAGGCCUCCAGUUUAAAAGUAUUCAAUGAUAAAGGUGCCGCUUCAGUUGACUUUUGGUACAAUGAAAUCGAAAAUUAUAAUUGGUCAAAUCCUACAGCCGCAUAUAACACUGGACAUUUCAUGCAGGUAAUGUGGAGAGACACAACUAGAUUAGGUAUUGGUAGGGCACUGACAAGUGAUAAUAGGACCAUGUGGGUGGUUGGAAAUUAUUUUCCAGGAGGAAAUGUCCCUGGAGAAUAUGAAGAAAAUGUCUUACCAAUAUGUUGA